GAUACCUCUUAGGACAAGAUUGCUUCAUUCUCUACGAACAGAAUACAAAUUGUAUGAGUAUUCACAAGGGAAUAUAGUUUAUGAAAAUCAUGAAUAAUGCGAUCUCUAGGGCGGAAAGGUUCUCAUCGGAGAACUCGGCCUUUGUUGGCUACGCGAUGGAAUCUGCACAAGGCACGCUGCAUGGAAUUUUCUCUGCCACUGCAUCAGAAUUUCCAAACAAUAUUGCCGUCGAGUUAAAGAAUCGGCAAAUGAGCUAUGAGGCUCUGGAUCAGAAGAGUAACCGAUUUGCGCGUCUUCUGAUUGAGAAGUUCGGAAUUAAGGUGGAAGAGGAGCGGGUCGUGGCGAUUUUACUCCCGCGAUGUCCCGAGUUGUACCUUACAAUGUUGUCUGUUCUCAAGGCGGGAGGGGCUUACGUUUGCAUCGACCCUCAACAUCAAAUAAGCCGGCUUCCAUACAUUCUCCAAGACACUAACGCCGUGGCUCUUAUCACAACAAAACAAGUGGAAAGUGAGUUUGGACUUAGCGAUCUUACUAAGGUUAGCAUUCUGGACAUUCAGAGCCGGGCGCUGAAUACGCAAAUUGCUUCGAAGCCUUCUAACGCAUUGGCCACCGUCGUCCCUUCUUCACAUCUUUGCUACAUUAUUUACACGUCCGGCAGCACAGGACAACCCAAGGGAGUCGAAAUCGAACAUCGGACGGUGGUCAACUUUAUCAAAGGAGAGCUGGAGAUUUUUCCCGUCUGGUCACAAGACCGGAUCUGUCAGGGAUUUUCCCCGAGUUUUGAUGCCUCAGUCGAGGAGAUUUGGCUGGCUUUCGGAACUGGAGCUACUCUCGUGGCCGCACCGCCAGAGGUAAUGCAGUCGGGCCCAGAUCUCCCCGAUCACCUUGAACAACUCCGCAUCACAGUCUUAUCUACUGUCCCCACCCUUUUGCGUACCGUUGAUGUCACCGAUACCAAGUUAAACAGACUUAAGCUCAUUAUCCUUGGCGGGGAAGCCUGUGGUGAGGAUCUAGUUGCCUGGGCCGAUGGCCGGAUGCUGAUAAACUCUUACGGACCCACUGAAACAACGGUUGUCGCUACAACGUGUGAGAUAAAGCGUGGAAAGAAAAUCACAAUUGGACGGCCUUUGGGUAACUACAACGCGCACAUUCUGGACAGUAAUUUGGUGGACGUGGAAGGAGAAAAAGAAGGAGAGCUGUGCAUAAGUGGUAAGUGUCUGGCACGUGGGUACAGAAACCUCCCCGAAAAGACAAAACAGCAGUUUGUUGAUCAUCAACUGCAUGGAAGAAUCUACAGAACGGGUGAUCUUGUGCGUUGGACUCCAGACGGAGAGAUCGAAUAUCUCGGAAGAAUAGAUGACCAAGUGAAGAUACGCGGCUUCAGAGUAGAAAUAGGAAGCAUUGAGACGCAUCUGCAAAGACAAGAGAACGUCAAGAUGGCGGCAGUGGUUGUGUUGUCGCCGUCACCUGGACAGCAACUGGUCGUCGCACACUUGACGCUGGUUGACAAGACGAAGGGGUUUCAAGCACAGCAGGCUGUAGUCAAAAUGAAGAUCGCACUGCCUGAGUACAUGAUUCCUAACGGCUACAUCAUCCACGAGGAGCUACCAACCCUCGCAAGCGGAAAAGUCGACAAGAAAAAGCUGAAGACUCUCGACACUCCGCCUCAGUCAUUCAACGCAUCAGAAAAGUACACGGCACCAAGAGACGAGACAGAACGGAUCAUCUGCAGCAUCUGGGAAUCCAAAUUGUGUAAUCCGAAAAUCUCCACCGACGAGAACUUCUUUGAGCUCGGUGGGCAGUCAGUGGUGGCGGCACUUGUGAUUAGUGAGAUGAGAAGGCACCAGUUUGAUAUCUCCGUCAGAGACUUGUACACACACCCCACUGUCGCAGAACUAGCAGACUUUCACAAGGUCAGAUCUAACAACGUGGAUGAACACCAGGUGACUGUGCAUAUCCCAGACUCGCCAACUCGUGGAAAGCCAAGGUACUACUUGUGCUGGUUCCUCCAAGCGCUAUGGAUAUUCGGAUGGUCAGCGGCUGCCUCUAUCUGGAUCUUCUGGGUGUUUUUGAAGUUUAUCGACAUCUAUAGUAUGAUUCACGCAGGCGUAGGGGUCCAAGGAGUCGCAGCUUUAAUGCUAGGGCUCAUGGUCUUUGGAGUGCCGUUGUACAUCGUUUUUAUUAUACUGUGGGCAUUUUUAACAAAGAAGAUCUUCCUGGGGAAAGAGAAGCCUGGUGCGCAUGCUCUGUGGAGUAUGUACUACAUGCGAUGGUGGAUUGUCAAUCAAGCCAAGUCUUUGGUCCCCACAAACCUUAUUUGCGGCACUCCCCUAAUGAAUAUAUACGCACGGAUGAUGGGAGCUAAGAUCGGACCCGGAGUGUACUACGGCACUCACAUCACUUGCGAGUUCGGGCUGAUAGAGAUAGAGGCCGGCGUCACCCUUGAGCCUGAUGUGACGCUAGCUACUCACCGCGUAGACAAAGGAACAUUGUUUCUCGGACGAAUAUCCAUCGGCGAAAACAGCAGCAUCGGUACACGCUCGACUGUCACUCUUAAUACCGUGAUUAAUGAAAACUGCAUCGUAGAGCCCCUGACCCUAGUACCUGAUAACACCAUCAUCGACGCAAAUUCACAGGUAAAAGGGUCCCCUGCUAAAGUCAUGAAAAGGAAAGAUAAUGAGGAAAUCAAGCCACCGAGAUGGACCUGGCAGUGGUGGGUUCCCUGUGUUCAGAUGGCCUUAUUUGGGCUGUUCUCCGUUGUCUAUGUCCUACCAUAUCUAACAAUACUUGUCGUAAUACUCGCCAUCCCGUACCUGAGAGACGCAUUCAGUGACCGUAAUUGGUUGGUGAUCUCCAUGGUUAUACCGCCCGCUGCGAUUCUAUCCAUCGUAUUUGACUUGUUUCUGACCGCGGCGAUGAAGUGGUGCAUUGUGGGUAAACUAAAAGAGGGCUCUUACCCCAUUAACUCCUCUGUGUUCAUCAAAUUUUGGACAAUGCAGAAAAUCAUACAGAUGACCUUAUCGAACUUUAGGGAGCUUUUCGCCACACUGUACACGAACAUAUGGCUAAGAUCACUCGGCAUGGAAGUCGGUAAAUUUGCUGAAGUCUCGACAGGCUUCAACUUUGUUCCUGAUUUGGUCACUCUCAAAGACAGGACAUUCAUUGCAGAUCACGUUUCCAUUGGUGGUGCCAGCUUCAGAAAAGGACGCUUCACCAUGCGCAAGUCGACAGUAGGGAGCAGAACAUUUUUGGGGAAUAACUGCGUCAAUAUGCCAGAGUCGGUGAUCGGUAACGAUGUUCUUAUCGGCGUCUUGAGCGCCACACCCGAGGUCGCUGUCGAUAAAUCCUCGUGGCUCGGCUCACCCCCAUUCCUCCUGCCCGCGCGAGCCGUUAGUUCGCAGUCUCACUCAUUAGCACGCACGUUCAACCCACCUUGGUACCUGUAUCUUAGCAGAGCAAUAUGGGAAGCCUUCAAAAUCAUCCUUCCCACUACUACCAGGCUUUACUCGAUCUUUAUAUUCUGGGUUCUCAUCGAUGACAUUUCAUAUGAUGUUUUCGGGGAAUUCUCAACUCUUUUCUGGAUUUCUCCGGCAUUUUGGGAAGUCAUCAUCGUGUUCGCCAAUUUACUUUUCGUGGUUGCAUCAAAGUGGAUUCUGAUUGGUCGGUUCAAGCCGAGUGAGCAUCCGCUAUGGAGCAGCUUCGUGUGGCGCUCGGAGCUGGUCGCGUCUCUCGAAGAAAACGUCGCACUCCCCUUUGGUCUUGGCGCAACCCUCGGAACACCAUUCAUCUGCUGGUGGUACCGUGCACUCGGCUCACGCAUCGGCAAAAGAGUCUACUUAGCAAGUAUUUACCUAACAGAGGCUGAUUUGAUAGAGAUUGGAGACGAGUCUUGCAUCGCUAGUGGAACCACAAUCCAGUCUCACCUCUUCGAAGACAGAGUCAUGAAAAUGGACAAGCUCUACAUUGGCAGUGAAUGCUCAGUCUGUUGCGACUCUAUAGUGCUUUACGGCGCUAGGAUGGAAAGCCGCUGUACCCUCAUGCCGCUGUCUCUGUGCAUGAAAUCGGAGUCUCUAGAGUCUGAUGCAGUGUAUUGUGGGAUACCUGCGCGAAAGGUUGAAGCUCAGCCGUACCACAUCGACUGGGAGCUGACGCGAAAGCAAAGACAAAAACACGUAUAUACGGCAAACCAAUCGUACAUCAAGCUCAUGGGCUACAGAAACCUAAUGGAGGUCUGAAUUAGUGCAUUUUGUCGACUUUAUCUCAAAAUGGACACAAAGAAAAUAGUAGAAAUUUAUAGUCGUUUGACUCCAGAUGGACAUUAGAGAGAAUUUUGUUUUCUUUGAUUAUUUAUUUUGUUUUUGUAUCUACCGUUAAAGCAACAGUUAGUUUUGAUAGCGGUUUUGCAUUUUUUUUACCACAGUCGUGUGACGCAUUCUUUGUAACUUGUCUGGCGUUAUUUUAAGCUUAUUUUAUAUUAUUAAUGCUAGCACAGUUAUUAUCGUUUUUGUUGAUAGAAUGAUCUAUCCACCAUGUCAUUAUCGAGCACGGCCAUACAUAUCUUGUAAUCAAAUUCUUAUUUGGAACAGGCGCGCGCCCAUGAUUGGCGGGGCGGGGCGGGGGGGGGGGGGGGGUCAAAGGUAUCAUAUGAAUACUAUUCAGCCAGGAGGAAAAAUAGCAUUUUCUGUUAGAAUGUCCGGCCUAUAAAAAUUAUCGACGUGAAUCGGCGCUUAGCGAAACAUAUUUUUUAAUGUAUUGAUGCAAGAAAUGUGAAGCUUUAUCACACGUACAGUGACGUCACCUAAUCCCCCUAUAAAAACAAGAAUAAUAUUAAUAAUAAUAAAAUAAAGAAAGAGUAAGCAAUGUCUAUAUCAAUAAAAUACCUACAUACCUACCAACCUACCUAUCUAUCUAUUUAUCUACGAAAAAAGCAAAUACCUAAAAGUGUAUGGCCACUUCCAUGUCACAAGUAAAAAUUCAAAUUGUUUCUUA